GCUCUUUGAUUCUCGUCAUUCAGUUUCGUCAUUGUUGUUUACCAUUGGUUUACUAUUUUAAUAUCGAAUUUGUUUAACAUUUGGAUAAAAUCCGUACCCUCUUUUCUAAUUCAAGGAAUAAAUAAUAUUCAAUAUUAUUACUUUGAAUAAGCCUAUAGAUGUCCAGUGGGCAUAUGCACGUGAUCAGCCUUCCUCAUCCGGUGGACUUAAACACUACCAUAUAUAAAUAAGGCAUUGCAACUAAUGAUUACAUGUAUUAUCUUCCUGGAAUCUUUUUCAAUAUUAACUGUUUCCAGUUUUGUCAGCAAUGGCUGGAGAAGAAGUAUCACUUAGACUGGAAAUGGGGAGAUUAGAGAUUGAACCAAUAAAGCCUAAUAAACAAAUCCAAGAUGAAAAUCCUUUCACUCACAUUUCACUACAGAAGAAAUGGCCUGCCACCAAAUCAUGUGUUCAAAGCUAUAAAUGUGCUUGUACACCUCACAAAAAGAAUUCAACUGCUACAAUAAGCAAAAAGAGAAACAAUAAGAUCUUACGUGAACCAGUUUUGAAGCUAACAAAACAUUUCGAGAAAAAUGAAUUAAGGAAUCCAGAAUUAUUGAAUCAUUGUAAAUUAACUGUUCAUAAAUUAAACACAGUCAAUGUAAGCUUAAAGGCACUUGUAGAUAAUUGCAAUCAGCUGAGUUUAUGUUCUGAUAACAAUGUCAAAACAGAGCCAUAUGAUAAAGCCAAAUGGUGGAAGAAUGAUGUUUCAAGUGACAAAGCAAGCAAAGAGACAAGUCCAGAGUUGAGCCAAGCAGGGACUUGUUCUCAACAAGCUCUAAACCCUCCCUGCGAUGUGACAAUAGAUGAAUUGGCCAGUUACUUUGAAACUCUGGUCCAUAUACCUAAGAAAAUGUCAUCAAUGGCUGAAAUGAUGUAUAUUUAAACUGUUUAUAAAUCUUUUAUCGUAAAAAUUAUUAUUAAAGUUAAUUCUACAU